AAGCAUGCAACAAGCUAUGGAUUCAAAACAAAACGCUGCGUUUUUACAAUCGGUAUUGAUUCCAAAGUAACUUUUCAAUAAUCAACACCAGGAGCGAACAGUAACAUAGUAAGGUAUCAUUGCCUGGAGUAUUUUUGCGACAAUAGACAGAUCCGGCGUUCCAAUUCAACUCAUGCGUUUCACAUUGUGUUGCGUGCAUAUGUAUCAUACGCUAUACGCAAAGAUAGCAGUGGAGUGACACGCAUGUUUCCGGCAUAGUGUAAACUUAUAGGGUUGUUACAAUUUCAAUUGUGUUUUUUUUGUGAUCACUGUUUUCCAAUCAUCCAAGCAUAUCCAAUCAGGUUGUUACCUAUAAUUCUUCGUCAAUGGUGCGCAAAUCGUGAUUAAAAUGCAUUUAUGCGCAUCCCUAGCAUCCAGAGUUAGCGGUAUCGAAGGGAAAUGUACUCAGAUAACGAUCGCUAGACAAUGUGAAUGUGUGAUUGAAUUUCAAAUUGGAAACAGUAAACGGGAAAAUAUGAGCUCACUGGGACACCUGUCGAACACCGGUCACAUUGCCACUGGCGGAACUCUCGCCCAACUUGGCUUUCGUGUGGUCGCAUUUUAGAGCACACUUCAGCACAAUCACAUUGUGAUCAGAAUAACUAAGGAUAGUGCUAAAAAGUUCGCAAAUUUCGUUGAUUCGUUAAUGCCUGCCCGUGAAAACAAACCAACUCAUUCGGGGAAAGUACAUGUGCGGUGAUUUCGUUCCAGAUAAAUUACUCGAAACCGAAGGCAUGGAAAGUGCAACGCGCGCGUUCCGAUGACCGUUGAGCGCCAUUGGCUGGAAGAGUCUGUCGCCUGGAGUACUAAAUUCACAGCCCCAGUGUCUCAACUCUGAUUCGGCCACCCAGUUGUUGUCAUUCCACACAACGAAGCGCACCUGUCAACCCUUGUACAAAUCGAAAGUGAACCCCCGGCGUGAAAUAGUGUGACCGACUUGUAGUUAAAACUAAGUGUUAUGGUAUCAAAUCAGCAAUAGUAUGAUAGUGCAAGUGAUACAAUUAUGGUUAUCGCGUGGUUGAAUAUUGAUGAUACGUGAUUCUGCUCGCAAACGAUAAUCUUAUCAAUGUGCUUGCUUGCAAUGCUUCUCUUCUGAUUGGAAAUGCUACAUCGAUAGACAUCAGAAACGACGAUAAAAAAUGUAUGCUAAACCUGGUGCAUGUGAAAGCAGACCAUUAUUAAUUUUUAUAGAAUUGUUCCUAUUAUUGAGCAUUGCCAGUGCCGUGCCAGUUGUAAUACGCGAAGCUCGAACCAGUUUCACGAUUGGCACCUGCUCGUGGAUCAUCGAACGAUCUUGUCCUGACGAAGAUGUUAAGUUCUACCUGUACACACGGUCAAAUCCGGAGGAUCGACAAUAUGUGCACAUUGACGAGAGUUUGGAGAAAUCAAACCUCAGUUCAUCAUACUUCAAUCCAUCCCUGCCAACGAAAGUGAUCAUUCACGGGUACAAUGCGGAUAUGUUCUUAGCACCGUUGAUCAAUAUGAAGGGAGAAUAUCUUAGCCGUGGUAGCUAUAAUUUGUUCUAUGUGGACUGGAGCACUUUGGGGCCCGGUCCUUGUUAUCCUUCUGCGGUCCAUAACACCAAACAUGUGGGAAUGUGCAUUGCACAACUGGUUCAGCGGAUACUGGACAUGGGUACGGACAAUGUGCAUCUCAUUGGUUUUUCACUAGGUGCUCAAGUUUCGAACUACGCUGCGGUCGCUUUGCGGCCGUUCAAGCUACGGCGAAUUAGUGGUUUGGAUCCUGCCAUGCCUCUAUUUAUCACAGUCGGAGUUGAAGAUAAGCUCGAUCCGUCGGAUGCAGAUUUUGUGGAUGUGAUUCACACGAAUGCUCUAGUGCAAGGUAAAAUCGAGCGAUGUGGACAUGCGGAUUUCUACAUGAACGGAGGAAUCAUGCAACCAGGAUGUUGGGCGGGAGGUCAAAAUCCCAUGGCUUGUAGUCAUCACCGAGCACCGGACUAUUUUGCGGAAUCUAUACGGAGUUUGACCGGUUUCUGGGGAUGGAAAUGUGCCAGCUACGUUUACUAUCUUCUAGGUUUUUGUCCCCAAAGCAGCAAUCAAGUUUUGGCGGGCGAGGAUUGCAUGCCAGGAACUGAGGGACUGUUCUUGAUUAAUACGAACAGAGUUGCACCAUUUGCAACCGGUAGAUGGAGUGAUACUUUUGGUUUACACAAGAAGAAUAACCCUGCCCUAAAUAAAUUCGCCAUUGAUCGAGAUCCGUUCAUCAGCGAUAUUGAUCAAUGGGGUAAACUAGAUGGGAAUUUCAACAACGUUGAACAGUUCCCUACCCCUUACUCUCAAGAUCCUAACAAUGCCAAUGAGGAUGAUUGGCCCUACUUCAACCAUAUUGGAACGAAUAAGUUAACCAAAGAAUAUAUAAGAAAAAUUCUAGAACAGGACGCAGACAGAUACGAACAUGUGACUGAGAUUCAAAGCGAUCAGAAUCAUGGUCUCCGAACGCAUGCUGAGGUGAUCAACGGUAUUGAUCGAAACGAUGAGCUGAACGAUUUGCGAAAGCGGCUGCAGUUUAAAGAAGCCAGUACGAUGGAGCACUAUACACUACCGACGAACUUGAAUAAAUAUUUUAGUUACUGUUCGAAUUUCGCACAAAAAGCGACUAUAUAUUGCAGAACGAUGUUCGGGUGUUUGGGCUCAAAAGUGUUUACUCUUUCAAUGUUGUUAAUUUCAGUGCAUUGUGGUACAGAACAGUUGCGGAACAUCGACCCAAAUUAUGGAAUCACUUGGAUGUUUCUCCCGGAUGAUCAGGGAACACCGCACAUUGUGGAUUUGACGACACCGAAUGACACCGGUCACGAACGUGCUGGGGCAAAUUGCAACGAGGAAGUCACGUUCUAUCUCUACAGACAAAACACUAGACAAACACCGAGAUCGUUCAAAUUCAUCAAUGACCCUGCGGUACCGCUUCGGCUAGAUAGUUCCUACGAUCCGAAACUUCCCACCAAAUUCGUCAUUCAUGGGUGGCGAAAUUCCGUCAGCAGUGCCAUCAGCCAACAGGUCAAGGACGCGUAUCUUCAACGGGAAGACAUGAAUGUGUUUGUGGUCGACUGGAGUCCGCUAGCGCACGACACAUUCUACUUCAAGUCGGCCUCAGCAACGCGGGAUGUUGGUCGUCAUGUAGCCGGACUGAUCGAUCGCAUGGUCGUGGAAAAGAGGACCGAUUUGAACUCGAUACAUAUCAUUGGACACAGUUUGGGUGCUCACACGUCUGGAUUCGCUGGAAGCUUCGUGCGGUCGGGGAAGGUUUCUCGUGUGACGGGUCUGGAUCCCGCCCUGCCGGGCUUUACCGAUCAGCAACCGGAAAAACUGCUGGAUCCAAGUGAUGCCAGAUUCGUGGACGUUAUUCACACUUGUGCGGGGAUGUUGGGUCAUGAUAAAAAUCUAGGUCAUGUCGACUUCUUCCCCAAUGGAGGUCGGGCCAAUCAACCAGGUUGCGGAGGAAUGAAUGAUUUAAUUGGGGCAUGUAGCCAUGGUAGAUCGUAUGAAUACUAUGUGGAGUCGAUUAACCAUCGGGAUGCCUUUAUGGCAUACCCUUGUGGUGAUCUCAACGAAUAUAAAAAGCAACAGUGUCAGCGUUCGGUGCCGAUCCCGAUGGGCGACAGUACGCCAAUAGAUGCACGAGGUAUUCAUUUCGUGGAUACCAAUGGGGAACCUAAGUUUGGUAGGGGCUUAAGAAGGUGAUAUUUCCCGGACAAAGAGUACUCUAUUGAUACGUCCACUGCAUUCUCAUGACGAAUA